AUGGCGCUGCCGAUCCUGACAGCGGCAGCGGCGGCAACAAUCACGGAGUGCGUGGAGAAGUACGACGUGCCGCUCGUCGUGGUGACGGAAAACACACGCGGCCGCUCUGACGAUCAGUGCGACCCAAGCUAUUGCUGGACGAAUGUCACAACAGCGGUGCCGUCACUGCCAGCGGGCACGCCUCAUCUGACCUUCGAGACCGACAUCGAUCAGCUGUGCAAGAACGAGAGGACGAGGGGCGUAAUCACCAUCGGCGCGCCAGCGUCGCUUCAGCCCGAAGACCAGUUCUAUACGAGCUCGCUUAAGAUGCAGAGGAGCUGCGACCUCUUCUCGCGGAUGCUGGUGCCCCGCGGCGGGAUCAAAGUCAACGCGACGCACGUCUACGGCGUACAUUGCGUCUUCCUCGGAGACAGCAGUAGCCAGCUGCAGGUCGCCAACGCCACCUCGCGCCUCGUGCACCCGGAGUCGGGCGGUUUCGCGUCGGCAGACUUCCUGCUCGGCCCGUAUGGCUCGGGGCUGACCACCUACGCGAGCAAGCAGGCGGUGCUGGACAGCAAGCUGAUGAUCGCUCCAGCGUCAUCUGAUCCCGCCGUCUACUCUUCGGCCGCCGCGCUGGCGCAAGAGAAUGGCCUCGGGCUGCGCGUGUACGUCGAGGAGGACGACACUGCCUUUCGGGGGGUCUGCGGCAGCGAAGAAGAGUGGGAGGACGCCAAGGCGCGGAUCCUGACGGCUCCUGCGGACGCGGCCGGCUCCGGCAUCGUAGCGAACGCGACGGUUCCAAAGUGGAGCAGCGUCAACACAUCGACGUACAGGCAGGAGAUGCGGAGGGCGCUGGCGCAUCUGCGGGACGAGCGCGCCACCGUCGUCCUCGUCUGCUCGUACGAGGCCGGCGGCAUCGUCGCGGUGGAGGAGCUGGAGCGACUCGGCCUGGAGGAGGAGGAGGAGGCCUACUCGCCGCUCGCCACUUUCCUGACAAACACGAUCCUCAACGACGAAUACGUCCGCAAGAUGAGGGGCGGCUGGUGGCAGGGCGAGUACGCACUCGAGGCGGUGCCGUGGGUCGCGUCGAUGCCGAGCGACAUUGGCAAUUUCUCCGGUUGGGACAGCGCGAAAUACGAGGAGGAGUACUUGAAGGCGUUCGGCGGCCGCACAGUGUACCCGGCCAAGGCGCUCUGCACCUUGGGCGACGCCAUCGAGCGGGCGGGCUCGCUCGAGACGGCCGCCGUGGCGAGCGCGCUCCGCAGCACGUCGCUCGUCGAGUUCUUCACCAGCAACAUCUCCUUCAACGCCGACGGGCAGAUGGAGGGGAUGGACUUCCCUGUUGUCUUCGACGCAAAGGAGAGAGAGAACGUCUCCUUCCCAACGCCGCCGUGGAAGCUGCGCUACUGCCUGAACGAGGGGAACUGCUCGGGCAACGGCAAAUGCCGCUUCGACGGCGGUUGCGACUGCCUUCCGGGGUUUAGCGGCGCCCUGUGCCAGGACGCGACCAGUCCAACCAGUUCAAACCGGGACGCGGAGCGCGACUUUGCACGCUGGGAGCCGCCGGCUGGGCCGAGGAGAGGGAAGGGGUCGCUGCACCGCUCCGUCACCCUCGCGCUCAUGUCUCGCUCCAAGCGGGGCACGCCGCCUUGGGAGCUGGCAAAGGCACACGAGGCGCGGGUCAUCUCUGCUAUGGGGCUGCCGGAUGGGCGGUACCACGUCUUCCUCUCCCACGUGUGGUCGAGCGGGCAGGACCAGGCAAAGGCGCUCAAGGGGCAGCUGCAGCGUUACGUACAAAACAUCUCGCCCUUCUUGGACGUGGACAACUUGGACGACACCGCGCGGCUGGAGGAGCACGUGGGCAACUCGGAGGCCGUGAUCGUGCUGCUGACGGGCUCGACCGCCGUUGAGCGGAAGAAGCCGCUGAUUCUGCUGCUGGAGACGGACCCGUCGCACGGCGGAGUCCACCGCGCCGAGUGCCCCGAUGAGCUGCGCGAGUAUGUCUUCGCGGCGCCGCUGGUGACGUGGCACCGGCUGCGCCCCUUCCAGAUGUGCUCGAUGAGGCUGCUGAUCGUCGAGCUGCUUCGCGCGUGGAAGGCGGCCGGCGCAGACCAGCCCAUCUUCCUGCCGGGCGACCUCCUCCGCUCGCCGCCGCCGCCGCUCGCCACCCGGAAGGAGUUUCACGUGUACUACUCCGCCAGCAACGCCGGCGCGGCUGAGGUGGCAGAGAGCAUCGGCGAGGCGAGCCGGCGCGACCCUCGAGGAUCGCUGUGGGCGCGCUCCACGUGCGCUUUCUUGCUCUACCUGAACAGCUCCACCUUUGCUCCGGGAGCCCAGGCGGAGGCGCUCGGCUGCGAGGUGCGCGAGGCGCUGGAGGGCGGCCGGCCGCUCGUGCUGGUGCACGAGCGGCGCGACGGCGACGUGGGCGUCGCCACUUUCGACGACAUCAUCGCGGCGACGCCAGCUGCGCUGCGAGACGCCGGCAUCUACCGCCCGAUCGCGACUCCGCUGCAUGGUGGCCCGCACGCGGAGGUCUCGCUGCGGCUGGUGCUCGGCCAGAUCGACGCGUUGUGUGGCCCAAGGAGGGGCGGCCUACUCAGCGACGCGCUCAACCUGACCGAAAACCUGACGGGGAUCGACUUGGACGGCGACGGCCGCGUCGGCUCUGAGCGGUCGGCGUCUCCGCAGACCGUUCCCUGA